CAAAAAGGAUUUACCAGCAGUAUUGGAAAAAUUUCUUCUAAAUUGGAAGGUGAUCCACGAGAAGGUCAAUAUACCCGUGGAGGUCUACAAGUACAUUUGAAGAAUAACAUAUGUAAUAUAAACGUGCGACAUUCCAAUGCUAAGAGUGAAUCAGAAAAUCCAUGCCAAGGUAAAAAUCCAGAUAGGUUUGUUUUAGGAACUACAUGGAAAAAGGACGAUAAGGUAAAUAAAAAUCACCAUGAGGUAUUUUUGCCUCCUAGAAGAGAACAUAUGUGUACCUCCAAUUUGGAAUAUUUAGACACGACUAGCAGUCAACUUACAGGAGCUAAUGCUAGCAAUUCAUUAUUGGGAGAUGUAUUAUUAGCUGCAAAAUACGAAGCCGAUAGAAUAAAGGAUUUAUAUCCUGACGGCCAUAAAAAAUAUAAUCAUCCAGAUGUGUGCCGCGCCGUGCGCAACAGUUUUGCUGAUCUAGCAGAUAUUAUAAGAGGAACUGAUUUGUGGGAAGAAAAUACUGGCGAAGGAAAAAUACAAGAAAAUUUACAAGCUAUUUUUAGAAAAAUUAAAGAAAGAAUUGGUGAUAACAAUGGUAAAUAUACAGACACUAAAAAAUAUUUGGAUUUCCGCAAAGAUUGGUGGGCUGCCAACCGCGACCAAAUAUGGGAUGUAAUGAUGUGUAGCCUUCGUGAUUAUAUGGCAGCACCAAAUAUUAAAAUUGAUCAAGGAGUGGUUACAGGAAUGGCAUCGGUAUAUUGUGGAUAUUAUGAUCAUGCACCACCUGAUGAUUAUAUCCCCCAAUGGUUGAGGUGGAUGACUGAAUGGAAUGAAAGUUACUGCAAACAGUUGAAAUCACAUAUGUCAACGUUUGAAUACAGUUGCUCGAAAUGUAAGGGUGGUAACGGACCUAAUGGACAAUGUACACAAGGCAGUGGGAUUUGUGAACGAUGCACUAUUAUGUGCAAUAUAUAUCCUCCCGCUGACUUUACAUAAUCAGCAGCAGAUUUGUAAUCAGCAUUGCCUUCUU